AUGGACAAAAGAAGCAUUCCAAAUUAGCCAGUUUCAUGGUAGCAUCCUUUUGUUGAUGUAUUUAGAAAGUUUUGUGUAUUUGACUCUUCAAACAAGGCAAAGAAGGGAGGAGUAGCUGAUACUUAAGACAAUAAUAUAGGCAGAAGAGUAUUAAGAAUUGCUGGAGCUGUUUCUGCUUCAAAUUAUUUAAACAUUCCAGACCCUGCUCAAGGUUUGAAAUCUCUGCAACUAGUUGGAAGAUAUCUCAUAAUUGAAUUCCUUCCAUGUGCUGGCAAAUAUUUCCAUAUACAUUUUGAUUUCAAUAUUUCAAAUAGAGAACCAGUAACUCGUUUCUCUAUUUCAAAUAUGUUUGAUUAAUAUAAAGUGGUAGGUAACAGUAAUUUGUAAAUACCUUAUCCCUCUGACGCUCCUGUAAAAUGGACAGUCAUGGUACUCGAUAUCUAAUACCACUUAGAAAACUUUGGACUAUUUUAGCAUACUGAUAUAAGCAAUUUUGCAAACAUUCAUCAAUUAAGAUCAAUAUAAAUAUGUUCAACUCUUUCUAUAAGAGGUAUCUUCACAUCUGAUGUAUGCUAUUCAGUUAAGAAUCUACCAAAAGAAAUGGACUUUAAGCCACCUAAAGAUAGAUAAUGGAGUGGAACUUACUAGAUAGUUUAUUAUCCAAGCCAAAUAGACCCUGAUUUAGAGUAAAAUAGCUAGCCACCUCAGCCAGAAUCACUCACUUAAGAUAAAGAAAAUCAAUAAACCCUUAAUAAUGAUACUAUUAAUGAAAAUCGUGCUGGAAGUUUAGAUGCAGCUUUGAGACAAAGUUAAAAGUCAUUUAGAUCAAACAAAAGCUAGCUUUCUCAUAGAUAAUCUUUAGAAGCUUAAAACUCUGUCUCCGGAUAAUUGAAUUAUAUGAGUUCUAAUUUAAAUGCUUCUUAAAAAUUCCAUCCUGAAAACUUGGUCCGUCAUUCCUAAGUAUCAAAGAGAGGAUCUUAACAAGAACUUUAGAACUAAUUGUAACCCUAUCCAAUUUGUAAACUCAAUCAUACUGUUGGUUUCAGUGGUAAUUAAUGUCCUGAUAUUAAGUGGUCAAGAAAUCUUGAAAGACCUGAUGAAAUUAUAUAUGCUUCUGGAUCAAUCUUGGUCUCAAGCGAAUUAGGUACAAAAAAAUAAAGGUUCUUUUAAGGUCACACUAGCCCUAUCUCAUGCUUAGAUGUUUCAAGAGAUGGUGUUUGGAUAGUUUCAGCUUAAGAUGGAAAACCUGGUAUAGUAAUGAUUUGGAAUUUUUUAACUGGUGAUUUAGUAACUGCUUUCUAGUGUCCUUAAGUGAAUAUUAAAUGUAUUUCUUUCUCAUAUAAUAGAAAGCUACUUGCAACAGUUGGUCUGGAUAGUUCGAAUAGAGAAUUGAUUAUAAUUUUAAAUAUCGAUAAUAUUGAGACAACUAAAAAACCCACUAUUGUUACUAAGUAAAUCAGUGACUUCAAUAUUCUUAGUUUGAAAUUCUUCCCAAUCAAUUUGAACAAACUAGUCUCUUGUGGUCGUGAAAACAUUCGCUUUUGGAGAAUUAACAAAACAUCUCACUUAAGAGGUACCCCAUUGAUUCUCAACGGUCUAGCAAGAAAUUCAAUUUUCACAGUACUUGACUUUGAAUAUGCUUUUGAUAAUCCAUCAGCUGCUCAAUAGAAGGGAAGUAUUAAAAAAAUAUUUGUUGGAUCUAAGUAAGGAAUGGUUUUCCAAAUUAGCUAUAAUACAAAUGACACUGAAAAUAUCUAUCAGUUAGAAACUGUUUACUAAUGUCACGCUGGAGCUAUCACUAGUUUAUGUUUAAGCGCAGGAUUUUGUGCCACUGGAAGUGAAGAUAAAUAUAUCAGAAUAUGGCCUCUUAAUUUUACUGAAUUUUUAAUUGAAGCAAAACAUGAGGGUGUUGUUAUCUCUUUAGAUAUUUCUUUAGAUUCUUUAAAAAUUGCUUGUGGAACUUCUAAUGGUAUCCUAACAGUUUUUGAUCGCUCUACUUAUUAGCCUGAAACAUUCUUGAGAUCUCAUACUGAUGAAAUUACUCAAAUGUAAUACCAUCCUUUCUGUAACUACUUAAUCACUCUAUCAUCUGACUUUACUAUCCGUUUAUGGGAUAUGGAAAAAUAUGAAUAAAUUUAUGAAUUCCCCUAUUAUUUGGAUGACAAUUGUAUCACUCUUUCUUGCAGCAAUAAUUCUAUGACUUUUGCUGCAGGAUUUAAUUCAGGCAUUUUCAGAGUAUUUGAUAUUGAAAAAACAAAUACUAUAUUUGAAGGUCGCUAUCACGAAAGCAGAAUCAACCAUAUCUAAUACUCUCCAGAUGAUAAGCACUUAAUUGCAGCUGAUGAAAAUGGAUUCUAUUGCUUGUAUGAUGCUUAGAGAAACUAUUAACCUGUCAAAACUUUUGAAAGGGAAAUUGCAGGAAAAUAUUAAUUUAGCGCUUUUUCACAUGAUGGUGAGUUGCUUGCCAUGAUAGGAGAUUGUGGUACUCAUAUUAAUAUCGUUGAUACUUAUACAAUGUCAAGCAUUUUGAAAAUCUUUUGUGCUAAUACUACAAUUAAGAAGCUUAUGUGGUCUAGCAACAAUACUGAGCUUUUUGCCAUAACUGAUGAUAGCAAAGUUAAGGUUUUUGGUAUUGAUAGAUCUGAUCCUUAAAACAAUGAAGCUCAUUUACUUCGUGAAAUAAGUUGUGUACAUCGUAAUGGAUUAAAUGAUAUUAGUUUAAGCAGUAACUUUAAAUAUAUGGCAAGUGUAGGAGGAGACAAACUUUUGAAGAUUUGGGAUUAUGAGUUCUUGCUUAAUGGCCCUGGUAGCAAUUAAGUAUUUUUGAGUCAUAUAAAUAAGAUUAAUUGUAUUGCUUUCUCACCUGAUAACACUAAAAUUAUCACUGCAGGAGGGUUUGAAGGUAUUUAUGAAUGGAAUUUCUUGGGAGAUUUAACAAAAUAAGAAAGAAUUGUAGAUUUUAGUGAAAACGCAAAUCUUAACACUAAAAAAAUUCCUCUUUCAAACUCUACCUAUUAACCUAAUCCUGUAAAAAGAGCAAACAAGGGUAGUGAAUAGCUUCCUCUGCAAUAUUAAGAUGGGAAUGAGGGGUAAUUCUAAGAUUAACUUGAUGAAUACGCUGAUAUACAAUAGGUCUUGAAUGUUUAAAGAUAAGGAUAAGAAGGUACAUAUAAAGUAGAUAGGGUUGUAUCUGAUGUAAAUGAUAUUAAUCCUAAUGCUUACUAGCAACACGUAUCUCAGCCACCUUACUUUGAGGUCUCUAAUUCAGAGAAUAGUCAUCCUGUAAGACCAAAUGCUUAACGUGAAAAUUAAUAUUAAGGAUAGCGCGCCUAAUCUAGUUAAUCUCCAAACAAUAGAGAUUACGAUGAAGACUCAGAUGCUGAUCAUAUAGGCCCUUUAGCUCAGCUUAUGUCAUAAGCCAAGAAUCUGACAGGAUACAAUCAAAGUAAAAAGAGUAACUCCAUACUUAGUGCAGCAUCAAAUGCUCCUCGCUUUUAACCAACUAGAGUUGAACCAGUAAAACCUUAGGAAAUCGAAUAUCAUAAACAAAAAAAGAAAAGAGAAAGAAAAAACCUGCAAUUUAAAUAUACACCUAAUGAAGUACGUAAGGAAAAUAACAUUCCUUUUAGACACUACUAUGCACCUAAUUGUAGAAGUGAGACAUUCUAAGAAAAAAAUUUAAAGUUGAGAGACAACAAAGAAGAAUUCUAAACAGAAUAUGUGAUCAGCUUUAAUAAUGAAAGCCAUGAUAACGUAGUAUGGAAUUAUAUGGCUGGAUGGUUUGCAUAUAGUAGUUAAAACUUAAUUAUUAUAGAAAACUUGACCAAAGUUCGUAAGCAAAGAAUUAUAAAUCUUCCUGAUUAAAUCAGCUGCUUAACAAUCUCAAAAGAUUUCAAGUUUUUAGUUGCUGGAUCAGCUUCAUAUAAUUAAAACGAAAUUUCAAAUAUAUAUGUCAUCGAUUGCAAAACUUCAGAAAUUGUAAAAACUUUAGGCUUCCAUACAAGAGGAGUGUAAUCAAUAGCUUUCAGCUCUAACCGUAAGUAUAUCAUUAGUGCUGGUAAUUGCAAAGAAUGCACAGUUGCAAUAUGGGAGUGGCCUAGUGGUAAGCUUAUUACUUCUUCAUACACUAUUGAUAGAAUAAAUGAUGUGAAGAUUUCUGAAAUUGUUCAUACUGUUGACAAUUAGUUAGAGUUCUGUACUGUUGGAAGAGACACAGUUUAAUUCUGGGCACUUGAUAAAACAAACACAUUGAAAUAUUUCGACGUUUUUGUUCCUAAAUAAGAGUUUGUGGAGAAAUCAGAAAAAGAACAAUCCUAAACUGUAUUAAAAGCCCCAGAAGUAACUGCCGUAGACUAUAUACUCUUUGGAAGCAAACAAUAUGCCGUUGCAGGUUUAUCUACAGGUGAAAUUAUAGUAGUUGACAAUGAGAGCUUCUAAAUAGUUUACAGAACUUAAGUUUCAUUAAAUGGAUAAGAAGUACUUGAUGUUAGAGUUAGCAAUCAAGUUCAUAGAUUGAUAGUCACUACUAUGGAUGAAAAUAUCCAUUACUGGGACUUUGAAAGAUAAUUAUAAGCUAGCAACCCUUUUAAUCAUCCUGAAUUUAUGAUAUCGUGGGCAAGAUUGAAAGUCACUUCAUCUGUCGCUUCUUUCUCAUUAGAUCCUACUUUUAAAGAAGGAUUAGUAGGAUUAUAUCAUGGUAGCAUUUACUAUGUUAACUUAGAUAGCAAAUACAGAACAGUUUUAAUCGGCACCAUAGAUAAUAAAUACGCUUAUGAAACUCAUAUAGUUAAUGAAAGAUUUAUUGUCACUACUCACUAAGAUGGUAAAAUGAAAUUAUGGAAUAUCCAAACAGCUGAAGAAGUUAUGGAAUACAAAUUCUAAAGUGCUGUGAAAUCAGUUUUAUUUGAAUCUAAGACAAAUAAAAUCUUUUGCUUCUUUGAAAAUAACAAUGAUAUCAAGAGUAUUAACCUGCAAAAAUUCUUCUAAUCUGAAACUUAUGUUUUAGAUGAAGUUAGACCUUCUGAUAAGACAAGUACAGAGUAUCCUAUUAAAUCUUUUGAAACAAUUGUUGGAGGAAGAAGUGGAAAGUUUGUUGUAAUGAAGAGUGGUGAUAUAUUUAAUUUUGAAUAGCUUAUUAAAGAUAAAAGACCUCUAGUUCGUUUCCAAAAAGUAUUCAAGGUACCUAACGUGACUGAUUUUAUUCCUUAUUCUGAAAAAUCUCUUUUCUUUGCUACUACUUCUAAAGGCAAGGUUAUUGUUUAUUUAGUUGAUUAUGCAUCAGAUCGCCAAAUUGGAUAUGGAUUCACUCUUAUUGACGAGUGUGAUUUCCUCGAAAACCCUCACGGUUCUUUAAUAGAUAGCUCUGCUGAAUAAAAAAAUCUCACACAACUCCUUUACACAGAUGCUGUUUCUACAACAAAGAUUGCUGUUUCUCGUUUUAACGAUAAUGUUUACUAUGCAGUAAAUAGCACUUUGUAAUACGUAUUUGUUAGAAAUUACCAAAAGCGUUAGAUUUUAUAAAGAAUAAAUCUACAUGAUUUCCCACUUUCCAUAACCUUGAUGGAAUCGAAAAACAGUCUUAAGAUGUUAGUUGGAUUAUCAAAUGGAAGCAUAGAAAAAUUAAAUGUAGAAUCUAAGGAAGACAGAGAAUUAUACACAGGAGCUCUUGAUGGAGGAAUAAUUAACAUUUAUACACAAAAAUCUAACAAUCCAACUACAAACAUAAUAACAGACAGAGUAGUAGCAUCAAGCAAAGAUGGUAUUGCUAUAUAUUCUCUUGCAGUUCCUCAAUGA